AUGCCGACGACAGCGCUCCGGGAACAGUUCGUGAGUGCAGAUUGUUUCGUGAACGGCUCGUACGCACUGGGUCCUAACGUGCAGGCAGUCAACCUGCCGGAGCAAGGCUACGACCCACCAGAGGGACUGCCAGUGACGAUCACUGGCUGGGGUAACAACAUCUCUAACGGCAGCUUGUCCAGUGUUCUACAGAAGGUGGACGUCAACAUCGUAGACCGUGCCCUCUGCCGGGCGUCCUACGUGACCGUAGAAGUGACAACGAACAUGGUGUGCGCUGAAGAGCUGCUGAGGGGCGCUUGCUUUGGCGACUUUGGCGGACCGCUGGUCAGUGGCAGCACGCAGGUUGGCGUCUUGUCCUGGACGCUCUACCCGUGCGAGCUUGGCCUCGACGUCUACGCCAACGUCGGCAAUCUCAGGUCCUGGAUCAACGAGGACUCAGGAGUCUGA